AUGUCAUUUUCGUCUGAGAGGGAAAAAAAAGAAAUGUUUGUCAUAAAUUCAGAUUUGUUUUUGUUUUUUUUCCAUUUUCUUUCAAUUUUUCAUUUUUUUUUCACCUUUUUUAAUCUUCCUCUUUUCUUACAUUUUCUAUUUUUUUCUUGCUUUUUCUUUCAUUUUUUCGUUCUUUUGUCUUUUUCUUUCCUUCCUCUUUGCUUUCGGUCUAUUUUUUCCUUCUCUUUGCUUUCUUUCUAUCUUUUAUCAAGUCCAUCGCUUUUCUGUACGUUUCUCGGUCCGAACGUACAACCAUGCGUCGUGGAUUUGACAAACAUUACAGCAACCCGAGUAUGCAUUGAUUCCAUUCGGAUAUCUUUCUUUCUUCUCUCUUCCUCUCUCUCUCUCUCUCUCUCUCUGUCCCUUCCUCUUUCUUCUCUCUCUCUCUCCCUUCUCUCCAUUCUCUUUUUCUCUCUCUCUCUCUGUCCAAUUCUCUCUCUCUCCCCUUCUCCUCCCUCUUUCUUCUCUCUCUCUCUCUCUCCUCCUCCGUUUUCUCUCUCUCUGUUAUCUUUCUCUUUCUUCUCUUCCUCUCUCUUCUCUCUUCUCUUCCUCUUUCUCUCUCUUCUCUUCUGUCUCUUCCUUUUCCUCUCUCUUCUCUCUUUUCUUCUCUUCUUCUCUUUCUUUCUCUCUCUCUUCCUCUUCCUCUUUCUUCUCUCUUCUCUUCCUCUUUCUUCUCUCUUCUCUUCCUCUUUCUUCUCUCUUCUCUUCCUCUUUCUUCUCUCUUCUCUUCCUCUUUCUUCUCUCUUCUCUUCCUCUUUCUUCUCUCUUCUCUUCCUCUUUUUCUUCUCUCUUCUCUUCCUCUUUCAUUUCUCUCUUCUCUUCUCUUUCUUUCUUCUCUCUCUCUUUCUUCUUCCCUUUUUCUCUCUCUCUUCUCUUCCUCUUUCUUCUCUCUUCUCCUCUCUCUCUUCUUCUCUCUCUCUCUUCUCUCUGUCUGUCCUCUCUCUCUCUCUCUCUCUCUCUCUGUCCACUUCCUCUUUCUUCUCUCUCUCUCUCUGUCCACUUCCUCUUUCUUCUCUCUCUCUCUCUCUCUGUCCACUUCCUCUUUCUUCUCUCUCUCUCUCUCUCUGUCCACUUCCUCUUUCUUCUCUCUCUCUCUCUCUGUCCACUUCCUCUUUCUCUCUCUCUCUGUCCACUUCCUCUUUCUCUCUCUCUCUGUCCACUUCCUCUUUCUCCAGCUAUGUUGUCCAUUACAGAAAUCAUUCCUCAUUUGUGGAUUUGGGCCAAAGUAAUGUAAACUUCGGAAAUUUUUCUUUCUGCUUCUCGAACUUUUUGAGAUUUGAGGUGGGAAUUAACGUGAACAACAUCUACUUCCAGGAAGUCUCUCUCUCUCUCUCUCUCUCUCUCUCCACCCCUAACGUUGCACUUUGA